CUUUGGAAGCAAUUUGGAGACUUCGCGUUGCAAGGCUUUCCGGCAAAGCACCCCAGGAUGAACCUUUUGAUCACCUUUUCAUCCAACUGUCGGUGAAGAGGUGCUGCUCCUGUCCGCAACAGCGCGGUUUGCACUCCUCCACACAUAAGCUAUUUUGAUUACUGAAUUGUGGCCUGCGAUGAUGUGCUGACUUUUCAGGGUUUCGGCAGGUGUGAGUUCGGCAUCGGAUUACUUUUACAAACCUUGUCGUUUGCUAGUUUUCCAUACAGCUUUGGCAGCUAGUACAACUUUUCAGAACGGUCGCCGGGCCUUUCCUGGCUCAGCGACAUGGCAGCGGGGCGUCAGCUGGCAAAUUGCUCCCGUUGUUUGGCAGCGCUGGCCAGGAGAGGACGUUUCCAAUCUGAGGAAGCUGCAUCUGUCGUUAAGGCGCCCAGCGCUCGCCUGCUUCUGACGACUAAAGCCAGCGCUAUCAUCGUACCGGUACCUUUAUCAGCAGCGCCGGCACAGGACCGAACAUCCAACCCGGCGCUCUCUCAGCAAGGCUUGCAGGAUGGCUUUUCAGAUCCAUUCAACAUCGUCGCAGAUGCUUCCCGGAGCUUCCAGUCCAGCGCGAUGUCAGCCGACGCAUGUCGAAUGCCGGACCCCAACGCGGGGCCGGGGGCCCCGCACGGCUCGCAAGAUUUGCCUCAACCUCACGGAUUUCAAACAACAGCACAGCCUACACAGCAUCUUGAGCGGCCCGCGACACCGACCUCGCCAUCCUCAUCCCCGAUGACAUCAUCCUCGUCCCCAUCCUCCAGCCCAGGAGACGCCUCAGCACCUAGCCCACGAUCUCGCUUCACCUUACAUUGGCGGUUCAGACACGCCACAAAAGAUUCCUCUCAAGCCGCCUCCGCCUCCCCAUCCUCCUCCGACUCAUCCUCAUCGUCUCGUUACAGCGACCCCAAGGAUGGCUCCUUUGCGGGACGUAUUGUACAACAUGACGGCAACCAUGCCGUACACUUGCUCGUAUCAGGUACUGGCGCUCGCGACUACAACCUCCGCAUGGUGCGCUGCCACGCGCGAGAUGAGCUGGUGUUUGGAGGGGGAGCAGGCGGGGCGGGAGGGGGUCUGAGCAGCGCAUCUGCAGGCACAGCGGUGGCUCGGGGCGAGAAUGUGCCGUUCACCACCUUCCUGUACCGCCAGAUCCGCGAUGCCGUGAGCGCCACCUUCCUGCCCGCCGGCUACCCAGCAACCACCGGGGACAACUACGUCAAGUUCAUGGGAUGGCAGGGCAUCAACAACAUCGCGGUGACGGCCAACUCGGUGCUCGCCUCCACCUUCAUGCUGUACGCUGUGGGGCUGGGUGCGGGCUCCAUACCCACCGCGGGGGCGCUAAACUGGGUGCUCAAGGACGGCAUGGGCCAGCUGGGCACCCUGGUGUUUGGGAAGACCAUCGCACACAACUUCGAUGUGCACUCCAAAACAUGGUUCUUCCUGUCCGCGGUGCUGCUGCAGGCCGCCGCCGCCCUGGAGCUGCUGACGGUGCUGGCGCCGGGGCACUUCCUGCUCAUGGGCUCGCUGGCUAACACGCUGAAAGGUCUUGCAUGGAUGGCCGCCGGCUCCACCCGCUCCGUGUUCCACCUCAGUUUCGCGCGCGACAACAACAUAGCGGAUGUGACGGCAAAGGGCACCUCGCAGUACAUCUUCGCCUCGCUGGUCGGUACGGCAGGCGGGGCGGUCAUGUGCGCUGCGGUGGGGCAGAGCGGGGCGGCGGCGGGCGGCUGCUUCGGGCUGCUGGCGGCAGCGGCACUGGCAUCAGCGUACAUGGCGGUGCAGGUCAUCCCGCUCUCCACCCUCAAUGCCACGCGGCUGCAGCUGCUGAUAGAGGCCUUCCUCUCCUCCAUCACACCCUCCUCCUCCACAGCAGCAGCAGCAGGGGGGGCAGCAGGGGCAGCCAAUGGGACAGGAGCAGCAGCAGGGGAGGCCGGAGGACCGGGAGCAGGGCCAGCAGCAGCAGCAGGAGCAGCAGGAUUAAGAGGCAGCAGCGACCCGUACCACCCCUACCACUACCUGGACAACCAACAUGAGUACGGCAACCAUGAUGGAACCAACCACCAUAACCACAGCAACCACCAACCAACGCAGUACGGUUACAAUUACCAGUACCCGUCAGCUAGCAGCAGCAAUGGUGGCGGUGGUGGUGUUGGUGGCGGUGUGGGUAGCGGUAGCGGUGCCCCCCACACGUCUACAGGGGGGGAAUGGGGAGGUGGGGGAGACAGCAGCAGCAGCAGCACGGGGUUUCGGAGGUAUGGGGCUGCCAUGGGCGAUAGCAGCGGCAGCGGCAGCAAUGGCGGCAGGAGCAGGAGCCGAGACGCACGUUCGAAGAACGACGAUGAGGAUGAUGACGAGGAUGAUGAUGAUGGUUAUUACAGUUACGGACGUCACGGGUACGACAUUGAUGGGUUUGGCAUCGGCAGCAGCAGUGGCAGUAAUGUUGGUGGCUUCGCAAAACAACAGCAGGAGCAUCAACAGCAACAGCAGCAGCAGCUUGAUAAGCAACGACAUCAGCAGGGGCAGCAGCAAGAUGAGCAGCAGCAGCAGGGGUCGGGUCGGGUGGUUGACCGUUGCUACAUCGGGCCCUCCAUCCACGAGUACGACAUGAUGUACGAUGACAGCAUGGAGCCCAAGAUCCCCACCCCCCUGGAGCUCUCCCCGCUGGACCCUCCGCUGCCGUACUUUUCCCGCAGCGCCCACCGCCUGUCACCUCCCAUCCACGUUGGCAGCAGGCUGGAGCACGUGGUGGAUGGUAACGCCAACCUGCUUGUGAUGCUGCUGAACACCUACAAGUACGCGCACUUCAUGGUGCUGCCGCUGAGGGGCGGGCUGCACGUGGUGCUGCAUGAGCGGGCCGACCCGCGGGACAUGGUGCAGGCCUACCUGCAGGCCUGCAUCCUGCGGCGGCGCAUGCAGGCGCUGCAGGGAGGGCUGCCCGAUCCGGAUGAGUGCACGGCGGAGCUGCGAUUGGAGCUGCAGGAGAGUCUUGCGGCUGCGGAGCGGCUGACCACCAUCUUCAUGUCGGCACUGGAGGCGAGCGGUUGGACCAUUUGCAAGGUGGUGGUGGAGGCACAGCGGCGGAGGGCCAAGUGGUGAGGGCAGGAAAGGUGUUCCACCAACCCCCUCCCACACCGCCGCGUGAUGCGCCCACAGUCGAACGGAUGUUGCGUGGAGAGAGUGACUCAGGAGCGUUGUAGAAGUGCGUCGAAGUGCAUAGGAAGGAGGGAGAGCGAGAGGAAGAGGGAGGAGGGAGGGGACAAGUCGUGUGCGGAGAAAGCCGUAGAGAGAGGAAGUGCGUGGGGAGGUACAUGGGAAUUUUUGUAGUAGGCUCGAAACCGAGCCACGGGUGUAUGAUCUCAACACAGCUUUCUGGUCGGGAGCAGCCUGCAGUUCAUCAUCUUGGAAUGCCGGGUACGAAUGGAGUGCCGGCUGGGCGAUGCCGUCGGCAGGUUGUGGGGUGGCCUAACCUCGAAAGAGGACAUGGUGCACAAGCCCCUGUAGUAAUACCACCAAUUUGCUAGCUGGCUUUUCUUCUGCUUUUCUUUUAGGGAGAGGGUUUGUCCAUGCAUGUCAUAGUGCGCUCCAUUCUGGGAGAGCAUGGGGCAGCAUUGGGUUGUGAGAUGUAGGAGCAAAAGACUAGGAGGUGCGUUUGCAGGCGGUUGUACGAUUCGUGUACGGAAAAGAGACAGAGCCUACAGUGUCCAGUUUCGGUUCGGAAGAGAGAGAGGGAGAGCCGGAGAGAGAGAGAGGAGGGUAAAGAGGAACCUGACAACAAGCUGUACGACAGGGUUUCGGAGAAGGGAGAGAGAGGAGCAGUAGUGCUUGGAAGCAAUUGAGAUGCACGCAGAGUAGGGGCCGUGUGUUAAAAGAAAACUGGCCGCGAGUAGGAACGUACUGGAUUGUCGGCAGUGCGUGUCUGUGUGUUAAGAAAGCUAAGCGCGAGUGUGUGUGCGGUCGCUCUGCAUGCGCUUUGACCCCCCCCAGUCGCAUGUGAGCAGCAUCGGCUGGUGUGUGGGAGGGGAUGCAGGGCGUCCAUGGGGUGCGCUUGCCCCUGGGCUCGCGUUGGGGGCCUCCGCUUUGCCCGCCUACCGCCCAGUUCCCACACCCGCAAGAGACUACAGGUGCAUGGGGCUUACGGCUACAAGCAAGAAAGGCUUGGCUAGCCUGAACCCUAGCCCGCCUGCCUAGGAUGUAGAAUAGUUGACCGUUGACUGGAGGAGGGGUGCGUUGACCGUUGGUUGCUGGGCUGGCCGUACAGGUUGUGAAUGGAGUCGUCCUUCUUCUGAGAUGCCUUGCGUUGACUGGCUGGUUUUGUAUGCUAAGGAGGGGGGGGGGAGAGGUCUAGCGCUGCGCGGCGGGGAUUCCGGCGGUAAUGCAGGGGGCGUGGAAGGCCUUGGUCAUGUGAAAGCGCGUGCGGGUUGGCUCGCCCCUGUAUGGGGCGUAUUUGAUCAGAGGACUGUACGAAUGCUAGCGGCUGAUGUGGGUGAUGUCUUGAUACGGCAAACGAGUACGGAAUGAGCUCCAUGGCACGCGAUUCCAAUUUAUAUCUUUCUCAGUGCUGCUGCUUGCUGCGCACCUACGUUUUGUGUUGCUAUGUGUUAACACAGGUGGCAUGGUGCAAAUUCCUAGCUGUAACGACUGGGCUUAUGAUAGCGAGAAGAGAG